UGUUCGGCGUUUAGUCAUAAUACAACACUCGUUAGCGUCAGAAUCGUUCAUUGGCUGCCGGUCCGUUGCGGAUAAUCGCUGCAGAAGCUUUGGAGCACUGAAAUAAAUGCGCGCGUUCUGCUGUUUCGGUUGAAAUUUGGAUAGGAGGCGUUUUAUCAUUCGGAGGAAAUAGCUUUGCGGAGGACGACAAACUCGAGAAGAAAUCUCAAGAGUGUGAGUGGUUUUUUAAGUGGACUAGAAUUUUUAUGUUUUCAUUAUUGCGGAGACAAUUUUCGUAAUAGAGACACGGCCGAGUUGGGAAUCGUGAGGAGGAAAAUGUGUCGAUGAAGUGUUUGUUUACAAAACAAGAUCCGGCGAAGAGGUUUUUGGCCGUUGCGGUCCAUAUGUGAAUGAAGAAGCGAGGAAAGAAGCGAAUUCUUGUGUUAAGUGCCUUUCUCUAAUUUAUGACAAACAUUUGGAAUAGUUGGAAGAUAAUUGACGUUUAAGAGAACCGUGGACGUAGGGAAGAAGAAAAUCAAUGUUUGUGAAGAGAAGCUGAAAAGACCUGGAUAUAAAUCAUGAAGGCGCAAGUGGUCGUGAUUAUUACGUUGGCGUUUGCCGUGCCGGUGAUUAAAUCCAUUCCGUACUGCCCCAACAGUUGUACGUGUGAUGAUGAAAAGCUACACGUUACUUGUGGAGAAGGUUCGCUGGAUGUGCUGCCUAUUGCACUGAACCCAUCGAUCCGUCGCUUGAUUAUCAAGUUUCAUAAGAUUCGUUCGAUUGACUCAUCUAUUCAGUUUUACACAGAAUUGACAAUGUUAGAUCUGAGCUACAAUCACCUGCUGAACAUCCCCGAGUCGAUUUUUAUGUAUCAGAAGAAGUUACUUCAACUGCAUUUGAACAAUAAUAAAAUCGGCGCGCUAACCAAUAAAACAUUUGCUGGCAUGACGGAGCUACGGGUAUUGAAUUUACGAGAAAACUUCAUCGACCAGGUUACAAGUGAAAUGUUCAAAGUACUUCCGAAGUUGGAAGAGCUUAACCUUGGUACAAAUAGAAUCAGUCAAUUGGAUGCGAAAGCUUUCGAAGGUUUGAGUGAGUUGCGAGUGCUCUACUUGGAUGACAAUGCAAUCAAGACCAUUCCAACGCUUUCCCUGGCACCUCUGAAAACACUUGCAGAGUUGUACAUGGGAACGAACUCACUCCACAAAAUUCAACCAGGUGCUUUCGACGGGUUGCAGACACUAAGGAAGUUGGAUAUUCAUGGAUCAAUGCUGGUUAACAUUACUAUCGAUACGUUCAAAGGAUUAGACAACAUCCGUUCAGUCGAUCUGUCGGACAAUCAUCUACAGAAGAUUCCAACGGCUCAACUGAGUGGACUCAAACGUUUGGAAGACUUGGUCAUUGGUCAAAAUGAUUUUGAAGUUAUUCCAGAGGGUGCCUUCUUCGGCCUGGACAACCUUAGAAGCAUUGACAUAUCCGGUGCUUUGAAUCUCAAACGAGUCCAAGCUGGUGCUUUUUCGUCGAAUCCAAAUUUGGAAACGAUCGUCAUUGCUUCCAACAAGGAGCUACAUGAGCUGGAUGAAGGUGUUUUCUCAGGAUUGCCGCGUAUCAAGAAGGUUAUUCUGCGAGAUAAUAAAAUUUCCACUUUCCGUGAAGAAAUAUUGCCGUGGAAACAUUUAACGGAUUUCGAUGUCUCAGAAAAUCCACUCAACUGUGACUGCCAAAUGCUGUGGCUGCGCAAUUUGAUCCAUCGAAAGAAUGUUGAAACUGAAGAAGCUCAAAUUGUUUGCGUCUCUCCCGAUCGCCUACAUGGUCAACCAUUGAGGGAAAUAUCAACGGAAAUGCUUGGCUGCAAACAUCUACAGUCUAAAGAACGAGCCAUCUUUGGAGCUAUCAUCGUUGCUUCCGCUGCCACUGUUACAACCUUUGUUUUGAUCGUCUACAGACUGCGGCACAGAAUCUUGGAAACAUUCCGCCGACACUGGCGAACCAACAAACGUGAUACUCUCCAGGAAGAAAAGGACAUGGAGAUCCAGAAGACACUGGGCGAAGGUGACUAUCAUCAACCCCACUGCAACAUCUACACCUACAACUAUCACCCGGUGUUCAGGAACCAUCAGCACCCAUCGUCUCUGUAUGCCGGAGGUCAGUACUCGCUGCCAUUCCCGCAUUAUCAGUCUCAGGGUGGGACCCCGCAGCCCCAGUCCCACCAGUUCCAUCAGCAGCAGUUGCAGCCGUUGCCCCAAACGCCGGCAUCCAGCUCGUCGACGACCUCCACUCUGGUCCUGCCGAGUCAACCGGGGCAAAGUUCAACCAUCUACUCGCCGCAGUACGCACAUCACAUAUACGAAGUUCCGAAGAAUGUUUCGGAGACUUAGGUCAACGCAGGUAGAUUCCCCUUCCCCACUGUUGGUAUCAAAACAUAAGUUCGUUUAUUUCGAACGCACACGUGCUCAGAUCCUUAAUUGUUAUUAGUGGUGUAGGCUAAGCGGAAGCAGAUGUAUAAAAAUAAUUAUAUAUAUUAAUAUAUUGAAUGACAGGGGACGGAUGUAUGCGACUUCCAGAAAUUUGUGGAGCAAAAUGAGUCAUAUCGAGAUUUUUCACAGUACUUUAAUCUAAAAAGUCAUUACACAAACACUCUCACACACAAGAUUAGUUGUAUAAAUUAAUUCUAGUCAAUUCGAGAAGAGAUCUAACAGAGAAUAUCAAAGACUGUCCUUUCCGCUUGAUCCGGAAGGAUGCUCGCAACAAGUAGGAGGAACGAACACACCCGAUUCGCGUGCUGUGUUUUCGAAGGUCUGAUAGUUUAGCGAAGGAUUAUUGGCUGGUACGCAAGUCGCAAGAUUUUAAGAAAACUGUUUUUACAAGUAGGAACGUAAACAUCAACACAUGUGUACAAGAUAAAACCAAGCGGAAGAGAGUUCGUUUUAGAGUUUCUUUUCCUUUCUUGUUGUGUAAAAAGUAUUUUUAAGUGUAAAUAACCAUUAUAGGACAUCACAAAACACGCAAACGAACACUUAACUUUCACACACGAACAAAGCUAGUUAUGUAUUUUUAUUAAACCUUUUAUAAAAAAAAACACUGACAGAAAAAAAAAUCAAACGAUCAGUGGUGCAGAAUAACAUUAAAAAAAAUCAACGAAAUAAAACAUUGAGAUACGGGAAAAAUGUUACGAACAAAAAAAAAACAAUAA